AUGACCAUCGGAUUAUUCCGUUGCUCUGUAUGCUCAAGUACAUUAACAGUACCCAUCACACUAUCUUGUGGAUACACUAUAUGCCUGCCAUGCCUGCCAUCAACAGUGCGAGCAACAGAGAACAAGAGCUUUAUAUGUCCUGUACCAAGCUGUGUCAAAGACAAACAUCUAUUUGGCCCUAGCCUACAUGAAGAUGAAACGAUCAAGUUGUGUUUGAGUCAAAGAUCAGACAAGAUAUCCUCAGCAGAAGCUUACAGGACUAUAUCAAAUGCAUUGAUGUGUUCAUCAAGCAGUGGAUCGCAUCUAUUGAAAUCUCCUGUUACCAAUCACUGUGGUCAUGCAUUCUGUAGACUCUGUCUACUUUGGCAAAAGAUCACAACUAAUUCGUGCCCCAAGUGUCAAAAGAGACUGCCCAGUUACCAAUUUAUACAACAUCAACCAGUAACUUGUACAAUCGAUGGGAUACUUCAAUCGCUUUACAGGGCCGAGCAGUCUACAGUUGAUACAUUGGACAUACCAAGCGAAUCAGACAUCCAGACCAUUUCAUUAUCAGAUCCCAACAGACGAUACAGCCAUAUACCCAUCAUUAUUUUUGACUUUCCUAUUCUCCCUUCUCAAAAGAUCCGUAUACCCAUCUACACACUUUAUAACAGAGCCAUGAUACAUGCCGCUGUUUUCAUUUGCAAGGAACUGCAAUGUCUUUGUUUAGCCAUAUCAUACAAACCAAAAUCAACACAUACGGGUCAUUAUGGUAUCCUUGCCAAGAUCACUGGGGUAGAGAACAAGAGCGAUGAUAUCCUCAUCGACAUUAUCGGACUCGAUCGAUUUGUAGCAAGACAGAUACACAAGGCAGCUGAGGAUCAUUUGAUCGCCGAUAUUGAAUUAAAGCUUGAGACAAUAAACCCAAAGGAAACUAAAGUACCCAAUAGAUCAAGCUCUACAACUGAAUUGGCCAACCGUGUUCAUGCCUUCAUCACUGACCUUUCCUGUAGUCAUCCCUCUUACUCAUUUUGUAACGCGGUGCAGGGGCUUCUGGGUCCUGUCUGGCUACAGUCUGUUCAAAACAUUCAUGGUCCUUUACCUUCUCCCAAUGAUCCGAUAUCUUUCUGUUGGUGGGCUGCUAUUAUUUUACCUGUAGCCAAUCAAGACCGAUACAGGCUACUAGAAAUAGAUUCUCUUAUGGACCGGUUAACACUGAUCGUAUCAUGGAUACAUGAUCUUGAGACACAGUGGGAUAGAUAUACAAAAAAGGACAUGACAUCUGUAACCAGAGCUCUUUAA